AUCCCCUGGUGGCGCGCAGCACAGCAAUCCGUGGUGCGCUGUGUCCCUGGGACACAGUGGAUCACCGAUCAAUGGAAAGAGCCGAAGACAUCGCCCCGUCAGUGCCACCUGUCAGUGUCCAUCAAUGCAACCUGUCAGUGCUCAUUAAGGCCACCUGCCAGUGCCCAUCAGUGCCACAUCAAUGCCACAUAUCAGUGCCCAUCUGAGCUGCCCUUCAGUGCCACCUAUCAGUGCCAGUUAGUGCUACCUAUCAAUGCCAGUAAGUGCCGCCUACCAGUGCUGCCAAUCAGUGCCGCCUAUAAGUGCCCGUCAGUGCUGCCUAUUAGUGCCACCUAACAGUGCCAGUCAGUGCCGCCUAUCAGUGCCGCCUAUCAGUGCCAUAUAUGAGUGUUGCCUUUCAGUGCCCAUCAGUGAUGCCUGUCAAUGCUCAUCAGUG